AUGGCAGCUAUAGAGGCGAUAAAGGAAGUUAUUUGGUUCAGAGGUUUCAGCAAUGAGUUGGGGUUAAAUUCAGAAGACAUUACUGGCUACUGUAAUAGUCAAAGUGCUUUACAUCUCAUAAAAAAUCCUAUGUUUCAUGAGAGGUCAAAACACAUUGACAUCAAGUUACAUUUUAUAAGAGAAGUCAUAGCGAGAAAGGAAGUUCGGGCUAAAAAGGUCAACACAGAUGAGAAUCCAACUGAUAUGUUGACUAAAGUGAUUCUAUCGAACCAUAUCCAUUGGGUUUCUCAAAUCACUUGUUUCUCAAAUCACUUGUCCACUAAAGAGGAAGUGAUGGAGAAUAUUGAAAAGAUAGGAAACUCAGCCGCUGCGGUUCUUUGCAAUAUUUCUAGGAUAAUUCCAUUUCAAGAGCAAGAGGAUCAUUUAAUGAAAGACAUAAUAGGAGUGGUUGCUCUACUUGGAAGAGUUCAUUCUAGGCGGCUUAGCAGGAUAUUGUCAAAAUACUUGGGUGCAGAUCAAAUGCUUGCUGUUGUCGCUAGAUCUUUCGAAACUGCUAUUCUUCUUGAAAAGUAUAAACAAACUGGAGAAGUUGACCGUUGCCAUGGUCUUCAUGUAGAAGCUGCCAUUCUUGACAAAUUUAUAGAUGGUCGAUUUAUUGUCAUGUGCUUUGACAAUAUAAGUCCAUUCAGAGGUGGCGUCAAGAGUGGCUCUCAGAGGAAGCUGGCUUUAUCACGUCCUCGUCUUAUCGAUGGAACCAUUCCAAAAGGUUUUCUGGGAUUUGCUGUAAAUAGGAUUGACUUAGAUGAAGAUAUGUUGUCCAUAAAGAACAACUCAGGUCAUGGUCUUAGAGAGACCUUAUUCUAUCACCUUCUUGGUCAACUCCAUGUUUACGAAACCGGGGAGGACAUGCUAGCCGCUCGUGCUUGUAUAGAACACGGCUCUGUGUCUCUAGAUGGUGGAAUAUUGAAAGGAAACAGUGUAAUAUCUUUUGGAUUUAUUAGUGAUCCAGGAGUAUGUUUUCAAGUUGUGACAACAAACAAUGAAAUGCUUCAUUAUCAAGAAAAUUUGAAGCUGCUAAAAGAGAAGAAGAAGUCUGAGUUAAGAACAAUCAAUGAUGAGAUAGAACAAGUGAUGAAAAAACGCAGCAAAGUUUUGACCAAGUUUGAAAAGAUAAAAUCAGAGUUUAACAAGUUUAUGGACGAUUGGGAACGCUUCGAGAGAACACCACAAGGUCUGAGUAGUAAGGUCAGCUUAUAUGGGGAAUUAAUUUCAACAAUUUCCACCUCAUUCCUCAUAUAA